AUGGCUCCAACUGACUUCUAUCCUUCCCAUAUUUCCCCUGCUCUCUCUUCAACAACGAACCCAGAAACUCAUAAUGGAAACGUCUUGACUUACAAUGUCAACCCAGAUUCUAUGUCUCCACCUACAACACCUAGGAAAGGCUCCUCCUCACGUUCUAAACUAUCAGCAACUAUUUGGGACACACCUCAAACAAGCUCAACUGCAUCAGGAUCUAGGUUAAUGUCAAACGUGGAUCUUCCUGAACGCCCUCCAUCGUCAAAUAGCACCAGGAAUGUUCCGGCUGGUCCUAUACCUGGACGAAUGUUUGCAGAGAUUCCAGGGCACAGUUCGAGAUACGCAGAGCUUGGGCACGGUUCGCCGAGAUCACCACGUUCGCCCGCCAGACAUUCGUCAACGACCAUGCCGAUCCGUUCUCCCCCUUCAUCGCCCAGGUCCCCAGGAAUUUCUCGGAUACCUUCCAUCUCCAAACUGCGGGAAAAGACACAAAAAGCUUAUGCUCCAUAUACCAGACCCCGUAGUUCCAUGGGAUCCUCAUCAGUCACAGCUUCAGAUGACACGAAGAUUCUUCGAUAUGAAACGUUUAAAGUUCCAAACAAGGAGAAAACGAUAGAGUGUGGAUGGCCGGGUUGCAAAAGCGAGUUUAGAAAUACCCACGAGGCUCUUCAGUCGCACCUUGGGAGGUACCAUGUGAGCGGCAACGGUGGAAAGUGCGAGUGGGACAACUGCGAAGAUGAUACGAAGUUCCUCAUGGCGGAAAACUUGGCAAGACAUACCGCGGCCAUGCAUGUGGCGACGUAUUCGCGAAUAUGUCCUCUAUGUAGGGAAUCGCUGACUCCGCAGGCAGUUGGGUCCCAUGUGAGGACGAAGCAUCCCGACAAAGUGCUUUAUAAGUGUUAG